ACAGUCAGAGACUGCACUCUAACCACAGAACACUAGGAAUUUGAAUGUCAGUGGAACACUGAUAGCUUUAAGAAAGAAAAAAAUCCUGAAAUUGCUGAAAAAUGUCUAAGGUAUACAAGAAAACCUCUGGGAAUGGCGCACUUACCCUUUACCUGGGAAAGAGAGACUACGUUGACCAUGUUCAGAAUGUGGACCCCAUCGAGGGAGUGGUGAAAAUUGAUCCUGCAGACCUUGGAGGCAAGAAAGUGUUUGUGCAGCUGGCCUGUGCUUUCCGUUAUGGCCGUGAGGACCUGGAUGUCAUUGGACUGUCCUUCAGGAAAGACAUCUGGUUCAAGCACCUCCAGUUGUACCCUGCUGCUGACCACAAACCCACCCUCACUCCCAUGCAUGACUGCCUGCUCAAGAAGGCAGGAGAGCAGGGCCAUGCCUUCACUUUCGACAUUCCCGUAAACCUUCCCUGCUCUGUCACACUCCAGCCAGGACCAGAUGAUGCUGGAAAGGCUUGCGGUGUGGACUUUGAAGUGAAGACCUACAUUUCAGAUGUGGCAGACCCAGAAGAGCAACUUGACAAGAAAGACACUGCCCGUCUGAUCGUCCGUAAGAUCCAGUUUGCUCCAGAUGCAACUGGUGCUCCUGGUCCCAAGGCUGACAUCUGCAAGAGCUUCAUGAUGUCUGACAAGCCUGUCCACCUGGAGGCCUCUCUGGAUAAGGAGAUCUAUUACCAUGGAGAUCCGAUCAAUGUCAACGUCAAAGUCAAGAAUGAAACCACCAAAACAGUGACAAAAAUUAAAGUCACAGUUGACCAGACUACAGAUGUGGUGCUCUACUCCGCGGACAAAUACACCAAAACCGUACUUUGUCAAGAGUUUGGAGAGACAAUAGAUGCCAAUAGCACAUUUGAUAAAUCCCUCACCAUCAUCCCCCUACUGGCCGACAACAAGGAGAAGCGCGGUCUGGCGCUGGACGGCAGACUGAAGGACGAGGACACAAACCUAGCCUCCAACACUAUUAUGAGAGACGGUAUGGAUAAAGAAGUGUUGGGAAUCUUGGUCUCCUACAAAAUCAAGGUCAACUUGAUGGUGUCUUCAGGAGGCUUGUUGGGAGGUCUCACAGCCAGUGACGUACAGGUGGAGCUCCCCUUGAUCCUCAUGAACCCCAAACCCCAAGAUGUAGGUCUCCCGGUGGGAGAGUAAAGAACGCAUGUUACCCUUGAGGCUGAGUACAUUCCCCCAGCAGAAGAAAGACGAGGAAUGAGGGACUGCAAAGUUCAAUGGAGCAAAGCUGUUGAUGGCUUUCCAGAUUGAAAGGCUGAUGACCAAAGCAAAGAAGAAACUGGAAUACCUCAUAGGAAGAACCAUCAAUAAAAAAUGAUAACAGCUUUAUAUGAUGUUGAUAUCUCUCACUAUUACGGGCAUUUUAGUGUUGUAUUUUAGUGGUUUUGUCAAUGUGAGCCUGUAGUACCUGUACUGUAAUGUAGAUAUCCAGCCAUGCGUAUGAGUCACAUCAUUUCAAACGUAGCUUAAUUAACCAUUCACUCUGUGCUUCUCACAUAAAACCAAGGGAGGUUAAUGAACACAUUCAGUAUAAAGGGGUUUAUUGGUUUGCGGAUAAAACUCUCACCUAAACUACUCCAUCAAACAGGGAGUCCGGUAGUACUCAGUUUAUCAUAUUCAAAGAAUUGUGUUUUUCUGUGGUGUGUAUGUAUGUUUUGGACUGAUAAGUCAUUGAACCAAAUAAAAACAACUCAUAUACUUCUAA